AACAAGAAGCUAUUUGGCAUUCUAUCCUACCGUUAAUCCAAGACGAUAUAAAUACGAAGCUGCUUCAAUUUUUUUCGUAGUUUGUGCAAAAUCGCCAGAUAAGAUGGGAAAGGUUUCAAGUUUUCUAUUCGUUGCUUUCCUCGUGACAGGAGGAUGUAGUUUUCCAUUAGAAGACACGCCAAAAGAAACAAACAAUAGUCCACAUGCCUUACUGGGUCAGCACAAAAUACGUUUAAGUGACGAUAAGCCUCAGGAAUCUACUUCUGAAGUAAAUAGGCCAAAAAGAGAUGAAUCUCAGCAAUCACAUCCAUCUCAACCGAAGUCAGAUGAAUCCGGUCAAACAGAGAACCAAGGACCCACACCAAAACCAGUCCAUCACUACAGGGAUGGUCCGAUCAUUCAAAGAAGAAGUGCUGACAGUUCUACUGACGAAAGCAGUAGAACUGAUGAUCAACAGUACCAUCAAAGUCCAUUGCUGCUCCAAAGGAAAAAUGUUGAUGAUAGUUCCAGAGACGUGAGUGGUUCGACUGAAAAAACCAUCAACUCCGACGAGCAAAAGGAUUCUAAAACUCACAACCGUCAACGACGAAACACUGAUGAAGAAAAUGUCAACAAGGCUGAAAGACCAAGUCUCCAAAGUAGCAACCCGUCUUUAUUAGCACGUAACCCUGUGUACCUUCCUGACUCUAAAAGCACGGGCAGAAUUUCCACGUCACCAGUUCCAGAUCUGAUUCCUUCAAGUACAUCAAAUCUAAGAUCUUCACCUCAAGAAGGAGUACAACACCACCCAUCUGAAGCAACUAAUGGAAACGUAAACACUCCACCUGCCCAAGUGAAUAGCGACAAUCUGCGAGAAAGAAAAACAAGAGGUCUGUCUAACAAUCCUACACAAGCUUCAACCUCUCGUCCAGUUGGAUUGCCUGUUGGACAAGAGAAUCAAGCAGGAAAGUCAGAAUAUAGUUCUUACAAUCAAGAACAAAAAGAUGAAUUCAAGAAUCAACCACAUGUGUUGGUUGCCCAUCCAUCAGAAGUUUCAGGUACGCAAAAUCGGAAAGUACGAGAUGUGAAUGACAAUCAACCACACCUUCUGGCAUCUAAUCCCAAAUCCAGCUUGAAUGAAAAUGCGUCUCGAUCAACGGCUGCUGUCUAUUCAUCCUCAACCACUGAGAAUACUAAACUUGUCAGUUCUUAUACACAUUAGGAAUAGUAAAAGAUGUAUUGAAAAUACAUUACAUAUUUAAGUAUGUUCAAAAAAUUAUAAUAAAUGAUGAUUCGCCAUUUC